AUGGACGAGGGCUUGUUCAUUUUCACUAUCUUCUGUGGCUUCCUCUGCGUCUUUGCCCUAAUAUUCUGCUUCCUCUCAACAUGCCUUGGCAUCCCCCUCCGGCGCGCCGACGUCCUCUCCGCCUUCUCCUUCCCCACCCCUGCGUCCAUACGCGCCAAGGACGAAGCGAGGCGGCGGCGGCUUGCUGAGCGUCAGAGACUGGGUAUGGUCGAUGGGGAAGGGUACGAGAUGGACAGUAUGGCGCGGGGCGUGGAGCGGGCGGGGGUCGGAGGGGAUGAUUGGGAGAUGAUGCGGAGAAGUGGGGGUCGUGGGGCCAUGUAUUAA